GACGAUAAGACUUUAGCUUCGGAUAACUAACCUUAUAUCCGCAUAACUCUCCACUGAUCUCCUCUACACCUUGUUUUCUCAAUUGUUUCUUCUAUUCUCAAGCAGAAAAUCUGGUAGUUUUAUAUUCCACUUAAAAAAAGAAUAAUAUCAAGUGAUAUCUGAUCAGAAACAAUGGCGUUACUUAGGGUUCCUCCUGCUGUUUUUUUGUUUGUGCUUGCACCUCUUCUUAUCUGGGCUCCCGUGAACUGCGACGAUGAGGAAGACCAUGUCCUUUCGGGGAUCAACAGUUACCGACAAUCCCACAGCUUACCAGCGCUAACUAAGCACGACAAAGCCGAUUGCCUAGCCGACGAAAUAGCGGACGAGAUGCAAAAUCAACCAUGCCCCAGGGGUGGCAUUACCCCAGGUCCCGCACCUGAAUUCGCACAAUACCCUAAACUCUUGGACAAGUGCGACAUAAACAUAAACACGACAGCAGACGGCGUUAUCCUCCCGGUUUGCGUCCACGAUCGUGUCGCGACCCUCGUGCUGACCAACUAUACUCAAUCCCAGCAUGCGAGGUUCCUCAACAAUUCUAAGUACAGUGGAGCUGGAAUUGGCACUGAGGAUUAUUGGACUGUCCUAGUCUUGACCACGAAUACUGCCGGAGGAAGCUUUGCUAGUGGAGCUACUAGUUUGAUUAGUCAUGUGAUUGGUUGGAGUCGUUGUAAUUUGCUGUUUUCGUUGUUAGGUAUGUUCCUAGUUAAUGUUUAUUAGUGUGACUGGUAAUUAAGUGGUCUCUUAUAUCUGUAUUCGUUGCAUCUUCCGUAUGUGUAUGUAUUGUUACGUUUGUGUAGAUCAAGCUUCAUGUGCUUUUUAUAUGUGGUAAUUAAGUAAUUUCUAGACUGAA